AAAUCGAUCUACUUCUAGAGAGAGCAAUUGACUCGCCGACUUUGGCUCUGUGUUAGGUAUCUACUACCCUCCCUAUGAGUUACUCAUCUUUCAUUCGAUCUAGGGCAUAGAAUCUUCUCUGUGUUAGUGAGAAAAAAACAAUGGCGGGGGAAGGUGAAGAAGAUGUGCCAAGAGACGCCAAGAUUGUGAAGUCUCUGCUUAAGUCGAUGGGCGUGGAGGACUACGAGCCACGUGUGGUGCACCAGUUUCUCGAGAUAUGGUACCGUUAUGUGGUGGAAGUAUUGACAGAUGCUCAGGUUUACUCAGAGCAUGCUAGCAAAUCCACCAUUGAUUGUGACGAUGUGAAGCUAGCUAUUCAGUCCAAAGUUAGUUUCAGCUUCUCACAGCCUCCUCCAAGAGAGGUACUGCUAGAGCUUGCUGCGAGCAAGAACAAGAUUCCUUUGCCGAAAUCGAUAGCAGGACCAGGCAUUCCUCUCCCGCCUGAACAGGACACAUUGCUUAGCCCAAACUACCAGCUCGUCAUUCCCAAAAAGUCAGCUUCAACAGAACCUGAUGAAACAGAGGACGAUGAAGAAAUGACAGAUCCUACUGCACAAUCAUCAUCCCAGGAACAACAAACAUCUGAGCUUCCUGGCCAAACUCCUCAAAGGGUCUCUUUCCCCCUAUCUAGACGACCCAAAUAAGUAGAGAGAGCAAACUAAACGACAAUGUUAUUGUGUAUCAUGAUGUAGAGAAUGUUAAAGAAUCAUUUGUGAAUGACCAGAUUAUCUUUCUUUGUCUGAAAUAUGAAAACUCUUGAUCUAUGUACUAGUGAAUUAUCUAUCAACUGAAAUAAGACUAGG